AUGAUUAUGGCGGACAAUAUAACUACAGGCAACAUAAAAGGCCAGUUUGAUGAGAAACGUAUGCAGGUUUUAGCAAGAAAUCACGCCGCCAGGGAUGAGCUUGACGAUAACUUUUUUGAAGAACAUGGUCAAGAAAAUACAAGUGAAGAGUAUUACGACGAAGUAGACAAUGAAGAAACCAACUAUAGUGGGAGUGGAUACUAUGGCUGCUCAGGUGAUUCAGAAGCGGUUGGGCUGACAAGGAAUGACACUAUGGGCCAGCUUCCAUCACUCGACAGUUUUAUUUUCCCAGAUUCUAGGGCUCUGUUCUUGUUGGAUUUGGCCAACUAUGCCGAUCUGACUUAUGAGGAGGUUACUAUACAUGGAUUUGAAAUAUACAUAGUGGAGCAAUGGGUGGCAUGUAGGAACUUGUCAACAUUGAUCACAUCAUAUACAGGAAACUCUCAAGAUACAAUAUCGGCAGUCAGGGUGGUCUUGCCAAAAGAUACGAGGAUGUGGCCCGGGAGAUUUAGACAGUAUUUUGAAGAGUUGAUGGAGUUUGCACGACCAAAAUAUACACCAAAGGGCACUCUUUUCAUUACUAAUUUAUCAGGUGUGUCCUUUGGCUUGAACCUAUUGCAUGUAGAAUGUGGAGAUUUGAGAACAAUUUGGAAGGACUUUGAAGUUAAUUUUGAUCUAAAAAACUUACAUUGUGGUGGGAGAUCGGCAAAUCUAUUAUGCCCUCCAACCAUGGCAUCGCUUGAUAAGUUUUCACAACUGUUCAAAAUACCUACCAAUAGCUUUAUAGUCCAACAUCCUCAAAUGAUUCAACAGCAACAACCACGUUUGCCUGAGGAAGAAUACAGAUCGUUUGGACACCCAGAAAAUCAGAGUGUUGGGAGCAAAUCACCCGUUGUGGAGAUGGUAACUUUGAUUCAAAUCUCGCUGAGUUACUUCAACUAUUUAUAUAAAAACUACCAGACGGAUGGUCUUUUGUGUGAUGAUACCAAGCGAGCUAUAGACGAAUGGUGGGAGAGCUAUGGAAAAUUGUACCUUGGAACGGAAAAGCCAAAGAAUGAAUGCACUCUGGGACCGACAACAGUAGCUGGUCUAAUUAGUUUGAUCCUUUGUUGUUAUUUCAAGUUGAUGAUAGAAAAUUGUAUAUCCUCCAAGGAUCCUUUCGAUGAGGUUGGAUUUUUUCAGGGUAUUUAUAAUUUCCAAAAAAAGCAUGGCCUAAAUAAACGAAAGUCCAGAGUUUACCUAGAUCCAAGGACAUUAGAGAAGCUUUUUGAAGUAACAGCGAAGGUUUCCAACAAAGACAUUUUCAAGCUCAAGAAAAUGGUAACAUCUACUGUACAAGACAUUAUAGGAAAGGGAAAUCCUAUUAAUCUAUCACAUAAAAUCCUUACAACAGAUUUAGAGACACUUAUUCACAAUAUUCAUGGAGGCUCUGUGGGGCUAUUAUGGAAAGGCAAAGGCCACCCAAGAAAAUGCUCCACUGAUAUAUCUAAUGAAGAAUUUUUGAAAUUCAAUUACCAAAGAGGUGAUCCUGACAGACAGAUAAGAGAAAGGGAUAUACUUUUGGAAAAGUUUCGUCUAGAAAAAACUGCAUAUGUUCAAAGAUACGCCUCUAAGAAGGUAAGCUCUUCUAGUUUCGGCACAUCUGAGAGCGUGGAAGGUAUCGAUGCUACACCUUCAUCAGCAACAAUAUCUUCAAUGUUUCCAAACUAUGAUAAUACCAAAUAUGCUUAUAAUUUUGGAAUCAACAAGUUGUAUCAAGGAGAAUAUUACCGAAGAAAUUCUUUUCCUUAUUGUAAAGAUAACACUCAUGACAAUAUUUAUGAGGAUCUCUCAGAGCUGAAAGAAAAGUCCUCGCGUUUAUAUAGAUGCAACUCUUCUUCUGCAGUACAAAACAUCGUAGAAAAAUGGGAUCUGCCAUUUGAUCCAUCUGUUGUUAGAAUAGCCAGAGAUUUGUUACGAAUGAAAUACCAUAUCCAGACGCAGCAACACAUACAAGAAAUGGAGGAAAAUUAUAUGGGCAGGUUGAAUAAAGAGGGAACCGUCGCCCAGUACGCCAUAUUUAACGAACGAUAUAAAAAGUUACAAGAGUUUUACAAGAAGUAUUCAGAUGGGGCGAAGUUAUUCGAAGGAAAAUUUAGAGAUAUUGACAAUAAGCAACAACUUCUUCUUCAUGAGAUGCAAGAGUUGAAUUCAUUAUCAUCAAGGUUGAAAUAUGAUAUGAGGAUACUGGAAGUCCGUGUACGAGAUAUUGAAAGUAGUGUUGCUCAAUUUGACUCCAAAUUAAUUGGGCUAAAGAGUUUUCUUCAGGGGCAAGGCAAAGCGGGUAUAUGCUCUGCAAUGGAUCCCAAGAGUGAUAAAGACCAAUAUGAUAAAUGUGUGAAUGAUUUGAUGACCACCAGCAAUCCCUCAUAUGAGGCUGUCUGUUUAAAGAUGCUAAGUCGCCGUUAUUUCAAGGAUUUAAAAGAUGAUACUAUGAGAUGGUUUAGGUGGUUAUUCGGUAAUAGUUCUCUACACGGUAAUGCAAAUGAUGAUGAUAGAGGCAUACAAAUAUAA